UAAAAAAAAAAAUUAUAUGCAUUCAAAUAGGAAGAGGAAUUAGGACCACUGUGUCCAGACAAAGGGGAGACUUUUUGCUUGUGUAUGCAGGUCAGCUUUUAUCCAAAAAGGAGGGUGAGAGAAGAGAGAAAAAAAAAUCAUCAGGAUACAGAUAUUUUUACAGAGAUUUAUGCAUUGAUGCAACAAAAGAAGAUGGAAGACUAUGUAGACUCGUCAACCAUGGAACGAAAACAGAAAUAAAUUGCAAAAUGAAACUUUAUAGGGAUUGCCUUUGCCUUUUUGCUACAAGAGACAUGAAGCAGGGAGAAGAACUUUUGUAUGAUUAUGGCCUAAACUCAUACCCAUGGAAAUCCAAUUUAAAUUCAAGGGGCAAAAGUUCAGAUCAAAAGGAUGAUACAAAGGAAGAAUGUGGUCCUGCAAUGGUAGACAGUGAUCGUGCUGAUGAAAGGUCCCAGGGCGUUUGCGAGAAAACAUUGGGGGGUGAAGAGAAUUCUAAAGAGGAUGACUGUGGUCCUGCAAUGAUUUGUAGUGAUCAUUCUGAUGAAAGGUGUUCCCUUGAUAUUUUAGAGAAAACAGUGGGAGGUCAAGAGGAUGUUAUCAUGGAAGACUGUGGUCUUCAAGAGGAUGAUACAAAGGAAGAAUGUGGUCCUGCAAUGGUAGACAGUGAUCGUGCUGAUGAAAGGUGUUCCCCUGGUGUUUCAGAGAAAAAGGGGAGAGGUCAAGAGGAUGUUAUCAUGGAAGACUGUGGUCUUCAAGAGGAUGAUACAAAGGAAGACUGUGGUCCUGCAAUGGUAGACAGUGAUCGUGUUGAUGAAAGGUGUUCCCCUGGUGUUUCAGAGAAAAAGGGGGGAGGUCACUGUUCCUGCAUAGAGGAAGAGGACAAUGGAAUUAGUCUUCAAGGAAACAUCCCUCAUAUCACAGUGUCUGGCAAGUCCACUCUAACAGAGAAGGUAAAUUUCUCUGAAAUCACGAAGUCAUGUAAUAACAUUUCUUGAAAUUUUGCA